AUUUAUCUAAAAACAGACUGGUGGAAGUUCCAAUGGAAUUGUGUCAUUUCGUGUCACUGGAAAUUCUUAAUCUGUAUCACAAUUGUAUCAGAGUCAUUCCUGAGGCCAUUGUUAAUCUGCAGAUGCUGACCUACUUGAACUUGAGCCGAAAUCAGCUGUCUGCCCUGCCUGCCUGCCUGUGUGGUCUGCCUCUCAAAGUCUUAAUCGCAAGUAACAACAAGCUUGGAUCUCUGCCAGAGGAGAUAGGUCAGCUCAAACAAUUAAUGGAGUUGGAUGUCAGCUGCAAUGAGAUCACAGCGUUGCCCCAGCAGAUAGGCCAGCUGAAGUCUCUACGAGAACUGAACGUCAGGAGAAAUUACCUUAAAGUUCUACCACCAGAACUAGUAGAUCUUCCCUUGGUAAAGUUUGACUUCUCCUGCAACAAGGUGCUCGUGAUUCCAAUCUGUUUUAGAGACAUGAAGCAGCUGCAAGUGUUACUGCUGGAGAACAACCCCCUACAGUCCCCUCCCGCACAGAUCUGCACAAAGGGCAAAGUGCAUAUAUUUAAGUAUCUGAGCAUACAAGCAUGCCAGAUUAAGACAGCAGACUCACUUUAUCUCCAGUCCAUGGAGAGGCCACAUUUGCACCAGCAUGUGGAGGACAGCAAGAAGGAUUCUGAUUCAGGAGUUGGAAGUGAUAAUGGAGACAAGCGGUUAUCUGCCACCGAGCCUUCUGAUGAAGACACAGUUAGCCUCAAUGUGCCAAUGUCAAAUAUCAUGGAGGAAGAACAGAUCACCAAGGAGGACGCAUGCCAUCAUCUUACCCCAUCUGAAGGGGAAUUUCAUCAGGAAUUUCAACCAGAGCCUUCCCUUUUGGGCGACAGCAACAACUCAGGACAAGAAGGAGACCAGUUUGUGGAUGGACCAGAUGUUCUUCAUUCGUGAUUUAUCAGCUAUAUUAAGGCAGGGGCAGAGGACUGUGAAGAGCUGUUACGGAUAGAAGAGGACACGCACUGGCAGAUGGAGGGAAUAGUAAGUUCAUCCAAAGAUCAGAACAUGGAUAUGGUCAUGAUUGAGCAGCUAAGAGACACAGUAGAUUUGCUGCAAGAUCCCAACAGACUAAGCACAGACAUUACAGAGAGAAGCAUUUUAAAUCUGUAUCCUAUAGAAUCAGCAGACACUUUAGAAUUACCAGAUUCUGCACUAAAUGGUCAAAUACAGUUGGAGACAUCUCCGGUGUGUGAGGUACAAAAUGAUCUUACAUUUCAGAGUAAUGGGAGCCAGUAUUCUCCAAACGAGAUAAGAGAGAAUUCCCCUGCUAUCUCUCCUACCACAAACUGCCCAGCUCCAUUUGGCCUGAAGCCUCGAUCAGACCCAGCCCUCAUUCUCCCUCCUAUCUCCUUCAACAAACUUACACAGGCACAAACAUGGGACAACUCUAGCUACAGUGUUCCAUCUGCAGGAGACAGUGACAAUGUGUUUCUAAGACCACAGAGAAAUUUGGAAUCUAUAGACCCACAGUUUACAAUUCGGAGGAAAAUGGAACAGAUGAGAGAAGAAAAAGAGCUGGUGGAGCAACUCCGUGAGAGCAUCGAGAUGAGGCUGAAGGUCACUCUUCAUGAAGACUUGGGGGCAGCACUCAUGGAUGGUGUUGUGCUCUGCCACCUGGUCAAUCACAUCCGCCCACGGUCUGUGGCAAGCAUCCAUGUCCCCUCACCAGCUGUUCCUAAGCUGAGCAUGGCCAAAUGCAGAAGAAAUGUGGAAAACUUUUUGGAAGCAUGCCGAAAACUAGGAGUACCAGAGGCUGACCUCUGCUCUCCGUGUGACAUCCUGCAGUUGGAUUUUCGUCACAUUCGAAAGACUGUUGACACUCUGCUGGCACUCGGGGAGAAACCCCCACAACCAACUUCUGCCCUCCGCUCCAGGGACCUAAUAGGCUUCUGUCUUGUCCAUGUUCUCUUUAUAGUGCUGGUCUAUAUCACUUACGGCUGGAAUGCUCUGUCCUUGUAGGCCUGCAUGUGCACCCACACGCUCUGCCCUGGCAUCCCUGAUCCAUUAUGGGCUCCUUCCUCCACUGGAGCCUUUGCCUUGCAGGCUUCCAUCCCUGACAUCUCCUCAGUAAUUUCUCAAGUUUUGAAGCUGAACGUUAGAAAUCAGAUUUUCUCCGAAGCACAAACUUGAUAGUAUGCUAUUUGC